AUGGAAGACUUGCUCUCGGGAAGAAUCAAAAAACCGGUGCUACGAGAGCAGCUUGGUGGCGCGGUAAGCAGACAGGUUGGAGGCAAUUUACAGGACGAUGCUUCAAUGGGCGAGAGCUGCCUGCUCCACCUCAAAGACCUGCUUGCUUGGAACAAUGGCAGGAUGAACCUCUCUACGCAGCUGCCUGUUAAAGCAAGCAGGAGGCGAUUUGGAGAAAGCAACUUGCUCGGAAAGCUAGGGAGACAGGACAUGAUUAUUCUAUCUACUACGGGAGGUGCUAGCUUAAGCAGGCAGGAGGCUAUGCUCUCUUGGGAAAUUAAAAUCAAAGCGGCGCCACCUACUCCUUCUAGUAUGAGAGGUGCUAGCUUAAGCAAGCAGGAGGCUAUUUCUCAUCCGAUCAAGGCGCGUCGUAAUCACUCCCACAAGCAAGCAGGACCAUUAUUCAAGCAGGCAGGAGCCUGA